AGUCGUUUGUCCAGAGCUCUGGAGACGAUGGAUUGAUUGUCGUCAGUUUCGGGUCGAUGGUCAAGACGAUGUCUAUUGAGAGGCUUGAAGUCUUUGCAUCAUCCUUCGCCCGACUCCGACAGAAGGUGGUGUGGCGUUACGUGGGAGAGAAGCCGGCCGGUCUGGGCAACAACACCAAACUACUGGCCUGGCUACCUCAGAACGACUUGCUGGCCCACCCAAAGACCCGAGCCUUCAUCACUCACGCUGGGUCGAACGGCAUGUACGAGGCCCUGCACCACGGCGUGCCCAUGGUCUGUCUGCCGCUGUUCUCGGAUCAGCCCGCUAACGCCGCCCGGGUGGUGGCCAGGGGCCUGGGGGUGAAGUUGGACUUCAGCACGGUCACCUCCGACCAGUUGUACCAGGCCAUUCUUCAUGUCGUCACCAACACAAGCUACCAAGAGACGGCAGCCCGCCUGUCCCGCCUGGACCAUGACCAGCCCCAGUCACCCAUGGAGCGGGCCGUCUGGUGGAUAGAACAUGUCAUCAAACAUGGCCGCCUGCCCCAUCUCCGCGCACGCGCCGUGGAGCUGCCGUGGUACCAGUACUACCUGCUGGACGUGGCCGCGUUCCUGCUGACCGUCUGUGCAGCUGUCCUGGGUACCGUGUGGUACAGCUGUUCGUUCAUCUGUGGGAAGAUUUGCUGCAAAAGUGGCGCCAAGCUGAAGUCUCAGUAGACACUUCAGAUAUAUCUAGGAGUAUGCAAAUAGUG